GUUGGCGAUGGCACGAAUUGCAGCCGUGAAUUGGGAAACCGGACAGCUAGAGGUGUUUACACCGAAGGUCAACAAAGACAACAAACUGGAGCUUGAUCUUCAAUAUGCGAGUUUUUCUCGAUUUCCCGAGGAAAUUUGUGAAAUGAGGGAACUGAAGGUAUUGAGACUUUGUAUAGACAACAUACACUCUAUACCCAAAACUGUUGCCAAACUGAGGGAACUGGAAGAGAUUUAUUUGGUUACAAGUCAGUACGUGAGGAAUCCUUACUCACUUAUACCAGCAGGUUUCGGUCUGCAGGAGGUCCCUACUGUUGUUUGUGAUCUUCCAUGUCUUAAGGUUUUGUCUGUGUGUGGUAACUCUGCAUUCCCAUUGCUGUUUGAUGAGCUAAUGUCAUGUCAACUGCCCAGUACUCUUGUGGAAGUGCAAAUGGUGAAAUGUGGUUUGACACAAGCGACUUUGUCUGUGAUCUGCAACAAUGUGAAACUGCGGAGAUUGGAUUUAUCAUUCAACGAUCUGCAGUCUUUCGAAUGUAACAACACAGGGACGAUAGGAGGGUUAACAGUCUUGAAUGAUUUAGAAAAGCUGAAUUUGUCAUGGAACGAAAAUCUCCACACAUUUACAUUAGCAGGUCUCACCAAGUUGAAAGAGUUGUAUUUGAGAUACUGUAACAUACAGCACCUACCAUCAGGAAUGAGUGACCUCCAUCAUUUAGAGAAGCUGUUUUUGGAUGGAAACCAACUAGGAGUAUUUCCCACAUUUUCAUGUUUGCAGUGGAAGCAUUUACAAACAUUGGAUUUAUCUAACUGUGAUUUAGAAAAGAUACAGUGGGAGUUGAUGUCACCUAACAUUUCCUAUGAGCUGAAUCUUUAUAAUAACUAUAGAUUAUUGUGUCUUCCUAACAAUAUAUGGAAUGGACUGAACUUGAAGAUAUUGAAUCUAGUGGGUUGUGGUAUAUCAAGUAUACCCAAUACAGAAGUCCAAAUUGAGCAAGUUCACUUGCCAUACACUUCUGUCACUUAUCUUCCCAGGAAAUUUGUCUUUAGCCCUAAACUUCAGAAAUUGAAUGUCCGCAGAUGUCCACUAGUGUCUCCACCCAUUGAAGUGUGUGAACGAGGCAUCAGUUCUAUAAGAAAAUAUUUGGAUGAGCUGGAAAGGGAUGGUGGAGUACGACGUGGCAGAAUAAAGAUUCUAGUGAUGGGAAUUACAAAGGCAGGAAAAACAAGCCUCGUUGAAGCACUGGAGAGUGGUAAACCAUUUCUGGCAGAACUCGAUGAGAGAACUAUAGGUGUGGAAGAAACAACCAUGAAGCUGGAUGAUAAAAUAGAAUGCAAAUUACUUGACUGCGGUGGGCAUAAAGCAUACAUGCUCACCAACCAGCUUAUGGUAAGCGACAAUUUGUUGGCACUGAUUGUGGUUGACGGCAGUUUGUACCAGUUUACUGCGCAAUGUUUUCGUUGCAAUAUUGGAGAUUUCCUGCAAACUUUGUACGAGAGAAACAGCAGAGCUCACGUUGCUGUUGUGGUCAGUAAAGUCGAUCUGAUGGUCGACAUGUCAAGAGAAGAAAUGAGUAGAAAGUGGAAUGAACAUCUACACACUCGUCUACGUCAAUUCCGCGAGAUCAGACAAGUUCAGAUCAAGAGAAUGUCAGCAACCAUUGCAGCCAGUGAUUCUCACGAAAACAAAUUCGUGUCGGAACGUCUUCAAUUUCUUGAAUCCCAACAAAUAACUGUUGAAGAAAAGGUAAUACUGACGAGUGCUGCCACAUUCGAAGGAGUGGUCAGUCUAAAGCAUCGUUUGAGAAAAUUGUGUGGAGAUGAACGUUUACUGCCUUCACUGCACACAGACUUGCCAUCAUCAUGGGUGACUGUAGAAGACAAGUUGGUUAUACCACAACCUCACACGUCUGUCCCCAUUACAGAUGUCUCUUAUGCAAUGCAAGUGUGUGCAAAGCACGGCCUGACAGAAGAAAGGUGUCUUGAGUUACUAAUCUACCUGAACAAGGUUGGAAGCAUUCUGUAUUACUCGUAUCAAAAGACUUUAUCACAAGUUCUAUUUCCUGUUCCACCAUUUGUGGUCAAUGUACUGAAGGCUGUUUUCAGACACGAUCAUCAUCUUUUAGAAUAUGACAGUCGAUUUAUUGGAGCAGACAUAGGUCCCAAACAGUUUAAGGAAAUGAAGUGUGACCUUGUUUUUAACGGCAUUGCGAGGGUGUCUAUGCUGCUAGCGUUGUGGAGUGAGUUCCACCUUACUGCAGAUGGUCAUGUGGACGUGUUUAUUAAGCUUUUUCUUGCUCUUGACCUUGCUUAUCUGACUGGCUCAUCAGAUGUUGUAGUUCAGGAACUGUCAGACACUCUUGGUAGACACGAGAUUACAUCAACUGUGUCAAUGUCUACUGACACCAUCAGCACGACAUCAGAUUCAUCUAUAGACACCAGCAGUAUAACUUCAGAUUUAUCUUCAGUCUAUUUUAGCACGACAUCUGAACCAUCUAACCAAGCAGAUCAGAUGGACAGUUGCAAAGAACUGAUUUGCAAGCUAAAACAACAUAAUGUUGGCUUGUUGUUGCCAUGGUUACUGAAUGACGAGGAACCGGAUGAUGUGAGUCAACUUUGGUGUGCAGAUGUAGCAGAUGGAGUGAUGCAAGUUGUGGUCGAAUAUUCAUUUGCAUAUAAUUGUCCUUUGGGUCUAUUUGAACGACUGUCUGCUCGUUGUCAUCGUCAUCAUCCUAAUUAUAUUCGUCACUGGAGCAGUGGACUGCUGAUGUGUUAUGGUGCGGUGAGUUUGCUGUUUAGUUGCAGCAAGAAUACUUCACCUGGCUUUCUACGUCUCAGUGCUAGAGUAGUCAAGUCACAUCACAGUGUUGGCAGAUUGUGGCAUGUUCUUCUGCGUUGUGUGUCAGAUGUGGAGGAUCUUCUCCAGUCUGUUCCUGGCGUUCUGUUUGAUCGAUCCAUCUGCAGUGAGGGUCCGUCGACUACAAGUAUACGUUGUCUUCCCAAUCAACAUAGACAUGUCAUUCUAAGUGAGAAGUGGGGAUCAUUUGCAGUAGAAACUGUAACUGGAUGUUACAGUGGAGAGACGUUUGAACUCGUAGAAGGAAUUAAAGAAGUGUGUCCAAGUGUAAAGGAAGGUAUUCCUCUGUCUCAAGUUGUUUCACCAGCAAGUGGUGAUUUUGUGAGUCGAAGGAAACUUGAACAGAUAGCAGCAGAUAUAGGAAAGUGGUGGCCUAAACUAACAAGUAUUAUUGGUACUGACCAGUCUACAGUGUCUGAGCUGCGUGAAAACUAUUCUGACUCUAGUUUUGCCCCAGCAGCAGCAUCUCGUAUAUUAAGUGAGUGGCAAAAAUUAAGAAAUAACCGAUUGCAAGUAUGUGAAUUGUAUGAUGCUCUACUCGUUGCUGACAUUCCAUCUUUACCACAACGGCAUUUGAGUGAUGUCAUGUCACCCGAUGCAGCAUCUGGAUUAGCAAAAUCUAAAGAGACAGCUGCACGUGGUGAGACAAGUCGAGCUGACUCUGAGAUGGUCACUCCACUCAUCAUAGAGAAAGUAGCCGAAAAUGGUUCAGAGCGUUGGCAUGAAAUUGGUAUAUACCUUGGAGUUUCACGUUCAGUGCUUACUGAAUGUGACCAACCUCUGUACACAUUGAAAGAAAAAUUGCGUAAAGUUUUGUCAGCUUGGAGAGAUAAGAACAGAGAAGCUACAGUUGGUCAGUUGUUGUCUGCUUGUGAUGAAGCUGGAGUAGGUGGAAUAGUGAGGAGAACAUUAGACAGUGAUGUACAACACUAAAUAUUUUAUUUUAUUUUAUUUAUUGUAUAACUAGUUUUUGUUUAAUGAAAGUGAUAUCAUAUAAUAAACUUGAAGUUUGAAUAUAUUUGCACUAAAUAA